AUGGACCAAGGUGUUAUCGUCACAUUUAAAGCACUGCACCUUCUGCAAACAUUUGAAAGGCUGAUUAAAGCAACAGAUAACAAGACAGGUCCAAGUCUUAAAGAUUUUUGGAGAAAAUCAUUUAAUAUUUUAGAUGCAAUAAAAAUUACAGCAUACGCCUGGAACAAAAUUUCUGAGACAACCAUGAAAGGUGUUUGGAAAAAGCUCUGCCCUCAGUUGUUUGGUACUAAUGUUGAAGGGUUUGAAGAACCAGCAGAAAUGGUACAGCAGAACACAGAAGCAAUCGUUACUCUUGCCAACAGUUUGGAUCUGGAUGUCUCUGCAACUGACAUAAAUGACCUUCUUGAAGCACACAAGGAAGAACUAACAAAUGAAGACCUCUUAGAUAUGGAAGAACAAGAGGAAGUUUAA